UAUAAAUACCCAUAAGAAUAAAACCCAUUCUCGUUCAACAAGUAAUCCAUUUCCUACAUCAAAUUCCAUAUCAAGCAAAACACCAUUCAAAGUCACUCACCCUUCUCUUGUUUUGAAUAAAUUUUCGACAUGGGAAUCCGUUUGCCAUCAAUUCUUCUUAAUGCCAAGCAGGUUCUGAAAAUGCAAGCUAUGUCAGCCAGAAAUCAAUCUGAUGUUCCCAAAGGCCAUAUUGCAGUUUAUGUAGGAGAGAUUCAAAGGAAGAGAUUUGUAAUCCCUAUAUCAUACUUGAAGCAUCCUUCUUUUGUAGAUCUGCUCAAUAGAUCAGAAGAAGAAUUCGGAUUUUGCCAUCCAAUGGGCGGCUUGACGAUUCCGUGCAGAGAAGAUACUUUCAUAAAUCUCACUGCUAGGAUGCACACAUCAUGAAAGUUGAAGGAACAAAAGAGAAAUGUUCUUGAUCACAGUUUUGUCACCUCGAAUUUUAGGAAGUAGAGUAGGAUAAUACUGUACAAACUUGAUUGUUUAAGCAAUGGAAGUUACAUUCUUCUCAUAUGAUAAAUUUGCCUCUUCAGUUCA